CCUGCGCGGUAGCAGCCGGGUGUCGGCGCUCUUAAAAAGCUUCUCGCACUUUGACUCCCGCUGUCCGCGGUAGCAGGUUUGAGCUCUGCGUCCUGUGCACACGCCUUGCAAGCGACGGCGCCAUGGGUCUGACUAACAAUUCCAGCGUACGAGUUGAAUGGAUUGCAGCAGUUACCAUUGCUGCUGGGGCAGCUGCAAUUGGUUAUCUAGCUUACAAAAGAUUUUAUGCUAAAGAUCAUCGCAAUAAGUCAAUGAUAAACCUUCACAUCCAGAAAGACAACCCCAAGAUAGUGCAUGCUUUUGACAUGGAGGAUUUGGGAGAUAAAGCUGUGUACUGCCGUUGUUGGAGGUCCAAAAAGUUCCCAUUCUGUGAUGGCUCUCACACAAAACACAAUGAGGAGACUGGAGACAACGUGGGACCACUGAUUAUCAAGAAAAAAGAAACUUAAAUGAACAGUUGUGAUGCUGCAUAUCAAUUUGUCAUGAUGUUACCUGAUCGUUUAAUUAGAAUGACCACCACUUUUGUCUAAUGCACCUUCCCUGGGUUCUAGAUAUGAUACAUUGCAAACUGCAGCUUUCACAUUUGUGGCAUUUGCCUUACUUGUUGAAACAUCGUGGUGCACAUUUGUUCAAACCAAAAAAAAAGAAAAAGGAAAAACCAA